GCCGUAUAUCAAAAACGUCCACACCCGAGCUAGAUUUAAAAGAAAACACUGAACAAAUGCACCAAACGUAAAGCAUAUUUGAAAGAAAAGACAUUGUUAACGAUGGAAGAAGAAGAUCCUGUUGUUCAAGAGAUUCCAGUGUUUUUAUCUCAAGCGUUGGCUAGCAACUUGUACAUAUAUCAGUACCCCGUGAGACCGGCGAACAGAGAAUGGAAGGAUGUUAAUGUGGUCAAUGCAUUUAUCAAACCUAAUAACCAACUGGUACGGUUGGAGGUUGGGUUGGACACCUACAGCGAUAAGUACUGCUCGUCUAAAGGCGAGCAGAUAGCCAUAAACACCGAUGGCCAACAGGAAUCGAGGUACAUUAAGGACAAAGAGCGGGAGAAGGCUCAGUACUUCAAUAGCGGGAUUAUGGAUAAGAUGAUGUUUGAAAGCAGUGCGCCAUGCCUGGAUACACAGCACUAUGCAGUGGCCAUUUUACAGGACAAGGAGCUGCACUGCACACCAAUUAAAGGGAUUGUGCAAAUGAGACCAUGUUGCUCCUAUUACGACAAGCAAGACAAGCGGAAGCAUGAUAAAAACAAGGCUGAAAACUCUGAUGAUGAAGAAAAAGAACCUGAGGCUCAGCAGGUAACGGUAAAAUUCGCCCGGCAAGAAACGGAUGUGGCCAAGAAGGCCCGGGAGAAAUCGUACGAGUCCAUAUCACAGCGCAUCGCCGAAGAGCCCUGGUACCACGCGCUAUGGAAGCAUGCUGACACGGACUAUGCAGAUCUCGAGCGCCUGAAGUUAUUCAGUGCAACUCCAGGACAAGGCUCAGCGCUGUCGCUCCGCGGGCGAGAAUACGUGCGAGCCCUGGUGCCGCCGCCGCCGCUCGACGAGGCCCAGGCGGCCCCCAAGCGGCCCGACCCGGCCGACCAGCUCGCUGACAUACUUAACAACGCCAAACUCAUGACGUUCGACGAUCUCCGCUCGCUGAUUCGCACGGAGUCCGGGCCGCUCAGCGAGUCCGCGCUGCUGUCGCUGCUGAGCGGCCACGCGUGCUGCGUGCGCGGCCUGUGGACGGCGCGCUCGGCGGCCCUCGGCGCCGGCGCCACGGCCGCCGUGUGGCGAGCUGCCAGGGACCAUGUGCUUUACCUGUUCACCCAACACUCGUACAUCGACCGGCGGAAGGUAGCGGCGGCGGUGCGCCUGCCGCCGCAGGACGUGCUGGACAUCAUCCGCUCCGUCGCCAAGUUCAACCCCAAGACCGGCUGGGAGCUCCUCAUCCCCCCCGACUCCGCCUUCGAGGCCAAACACCCCGAACUUAUCCAACGACAAAACCUCUACUGGGAGGCCAGGCAACGACUAUUCAACGAGAUGCUCAUGGGAGAAACUGUCCCCAAGCGACAGCGCAAAAAAUCACAAAGAGACUCCAUCAGUUCUGACAUCAUGAGCCCGAAAGCCAGGACCAAUAGUGUGAGCGAAGAAGACAGUGGAAAGAGAAAGAAGUCGGUGACCGGUGGGAAACGGACUAGGAAUGUGAGCUCGAGUAGUGUGCACGAUACGUGAUUGUGUGUGUAGAUAGGUUAUCAAAUUGUGUGGUGAUACUGGUGAGGCGUUGUUUAAAGCUGAUGGAGCUAGACUGGAUGCUUUUAAAAGGUAUGAAAUAUACAAGUAUUUAACAGUACAGUAGGUAGCAUUGUAACCAUUGACUAUAAUUGCGUUGUUGAUGUAGUUUUAGCUGACAAUUUAUACAUUAGCUGGGAAUUGUAUACGCAAAAGGAUCUGCUUUACUGUGACAAUCAACUUAUGUCUUUUUUUUUCCAUAACUAGAACUGUUUCUGCAAUGUGAGAAGGACCUUUCACAAGUAGAUCUCUAUUUAGGCCAGGGCUUCUGUUGAUGCUGUCUGCUGUGCACAGCACAGCGUCAAAUUGUACUCUAUUCUAUAAAAAAUUACGCAGCAUAUGAGUUGAGUCGGUUUUACAGCUAACUUACAUUGUUCAUUCAGGAAUAAUGUUAGAAUUAAAAUGAUAUGCUCUAAAGAAUAUAUGUUAUUCAAAACAGUCUAAAUAGCUAAAAUACCUGAAUGUUGCAUAGGUAAAACCUUGGUGAAAGUCAAAAUUAUCCAUGUUUUUAUCAUGUGAAUUUAUACAUUUUAUGUAGGUAUGGAGUAAAAAAUUUGCUUAGCCUUUUGAACGCUUUAUGUCAUAAACACAAACACCACUCAAACGCUAAGCUCCCGGGUGCAAGCGAGCUAAUGUAAACCUUACUUGAAAGUGUGAAGGUUACUUUGACAGCUCACAUCAUGACACCUAUAGUUGUCCUUGGCGCUGUGGGUACGAUUAGUAACGACGCCUUUAGGGGUUCUUGGCGUUCAAAGGGUUAAAUUGUUAACCAUUCGGUAUUUUGAAUCAGCACUGAAUAUAAAAAUCGUGUUAAAAUGGUGUUUUAUAUUAUAGCACAAUGUUAUUUUAUUAGACACUUAUUAUUUUGACCUGUACUGUAAUCAAAUUAACCUUGCCAAAACUUUGGCCAUUUUGUGGCACAUUUCGAUUUUGCCUCCUGUAGUCAAAAAUAAGGUCUUUGCAUUUCUUCACAAUAUAUGUACUAUCAUUUUAAUAUUGAAAUAAAAUUAAAACCCCUUUUUUAUAUUCAUAACAAAUGUAAAUAAGAAGAUGCAAUGUAACUGAUUUUUCUUUUUAUCACACUUGCUCGAAAAAGAUCUUAUUUCAUGCAGGUGUGCUGAAGGACAAAGGCCUAUUUUGUUCCCGAGGGAGUUAUGGAUUGUGAAAAAAAAGCUAUAACUCCCUAGGAAAUUAUAGCUUUUUUUUUAAUUAGGUCACUUAUUCAUACAAAGUAGCAUAAAUGAGUUUUACUUUUAAAAUACUGACGUUUAUAAUUUAUUUAAUUUGAUGUUUAAAAUAUUUUUACAUAAUUUUCAAUCGUGGCUGAAUGCCGAAUAGGUCUGUGCCUUCGAUGCCUCACCUGCCAAGAAAUUACAAAAUGGCGGACGAAUGUUUGAUAUGUCACCAUAUUUAAGAAUUAUUUUGCUUAAAAUUUAGUUUUUUCUUCGCAAGUGUGAUGAAAAACAUUGUGUGUACCUCUGGGGGUAAGAAUAUUGCAAACUCGGGUCUUUAAUUCCCUCAAGUCUGCGGCUGUCGGGAAUUACCACCCUCGUAUCCAAAAUUUCACUUACCCCCCUCAUUGCACAAUGUACUAUUUCAAUUACAUAAAUUUUUUUUUCUAAUGUAGCGUUUCAAAUUAUUGUGUCAGACCAAGUUAAGUUGGCAGCGAUUUUGAUAGCCCAGACGGUGCGUUAAGGUAAACGUCAUAAUUGUAUUGUAUUUAUUGUAUACAUGUACAGUACAGUAAUGCAUCAAGAUGCAUGGAUCUCAUAGAAGAUGAAUGGAUGAAUGAAUUCUAUGGAUGAAUUUAAUAGAAGAUUGACAUUUAAAAUAACACUUGCACAGUCUGGGCUGUCAAAAUCACUGCCAACAUAGCUUGGUCUGACUCUACCUAGUCUUGUCAUCUAUUUAGAAUACUCUGUGGAAAAAUAUCAACUGUAUAAAUUAUCAAAAAUAUGUGGUUAAAUGUUAUAUUCAGCAAAUAACAUAAUUUAUUAAUAGAUUCAAGACUCCAGUCUCCAGUGUAAAAUAUUGACGUUAUUGUGUAGUCACCUAAAUAACAACAACGUGAUUUUUUUUAGGUUGUUACUUUUUUAUCAAAAAUAAACUAUAUUAUUUAA